GUAUCCUAUUUUUAACCUUUCAAAACCAACGUGGCCAGUCUGUCAGUGUCAAAAGGACAUUUCAAAUUGGGAAAAAUGGUUGCAGACGAAAAGUCGAUUAUAAAAUCAUUUAUUAAUUUAGGAUUAAGCGAACAAAAAGCUAAAGAAACUUAUAAAAAUGCAACAGUUACAAAAACUUUAUCUUCUAUUUUACAUGAGGUGAGAGAUGUUGUAAUACCAGAAGGUGCAGGAAUGUUGCUUUACCAUCUGGCCACGAAAACGAAACCCCAAAUAAGCAAUCAUUUACCUUUUUUAACUAAAUACAUUGUAACCAACAAACUUAAUACAACUGUACGGGUUGAUAAAGCUAUUGAGUAUGUUUUAUCACAUAUUAAUAAUAUUAAUGAAAGUGAAUUUGAGAAAUUUUGUGGAGUGGGAAUUGUGGUUAGCCCAGAAGAUAUUGAAAAGUGUAUUGAAAAGCAAAUCGGAGAAGUUAAAGAGGAGUUAUUAGAAAAAAGGUAUAGGUAUAAUGUUGGGUUGAUUAUGCAAAAAGUUAGGAAUGAGUUACCAUGGGCUGAUGGGAAGGCGAUUAAAAAUGAAAUGGAUGUUCAAAUUGUUUGUUUAUUGGGACCUAAAACUGAACUUGAUUUAGCUCCAAUUGCAAAGGUGGAUAAAAAAGGUGCAACAAAAUCGAAAUCGGAAGAAAAACCAAAAGUACAACCAAAAGAAAAGAUGGAAUUAAAAACAUCAAAUGACAAAACCGGUCUUACCAUGUUAGAUGUAAUGAAAAAAGUAAACUUUCAUUCACCUGGCGAUAAUUAUAAAACCGACGGCUACAUUCUAACUGAAAAUACUCAUAAAUUACUCGCGGAUCAUUUAAAAAUUACCGGAAAAUCGGUUCGGACUCGUUUUCCACCAGAACCAAAUGGAAUUUUACAUAUCGGGCACGCAAAAGCGAUUAACAUUAAUUUUGGGUAUGCAGCAGCUCAAAAUGGAGUUUGUUUUUUAAGAUAUGAUGAUACCAAUCCAGAGAAAGAAGAAGAAAAAUUUUUUACCGGUAUUAAAGAUAUGGUUAAUUGGCUAGGUUAUACCCCUGCUAAAAUAACUCAUUCAUCUGAUUAUUUCGAUCAGUUGUAUGAAUGGGCGAUUGAAUUGAUUAAAAAGGGUUUGGCCUAUGUUUGUCAUCAAACUCCAGAUGAAAUGAAAGGAUUUAAUCCUGAACCAUCACCAUGGAGAGAUCGACCUGUAUUUGAAAAUUUACAAUUAUUUCAGGAUAUGAAAAAUGGAAAAAUUGAUGAGGGCGCUGCAACUUUACGUAUGAAGAUAACUUUAGAAGAAGGAAAAUUAGAUCCUGUAGCUUAUCGAGUAAGAUUUGUUCCCCAUCAUAGAACAGGAGAUAAAUGGUGUAUUUAUCCUACUUAUGAUUACACUCAUUGUCUAUGUGAUAGUAUUGAGCAUAUCACUCAUUCUUUAUGUACCAAAGAAUUUCAAAGCAGACGAUCCAGUUAUUAUUGGUUGUGUAACGCUCUUGAUAUUUAUUGCCCUGUUCAAUGGGAAUAUGGACGAUUAAAUGUUAAUUAUACUGUUGUUUCAAAGAGAAAAAUUGCUAAAUUGAUUGAAGAAAAAAUUGUUAAUGAUUGGGAUGAUCCUAGAUUAUUUACCCUAACAGCAUUAAGAAGACGAGGGUUUCCUGCAGAAGCAAUCAACAAUUUCUGUGCUCAACUUGGUGUUACUGGCGCUCAAAGUACGGUUGACCCAGGAAUGUUGGAGGCAUAUGUUCGAUCUUAUUUAGAUAUUUAUGCUCCAAGAUCGAUGGUUGUUUUAAAUCCACUAAAAAUAACGAUAAAAAAUUUUCCGCAUGAAAAUCCAGUUAAGGUUUCGGUUCCUAAUUUUCCAUCUCAACCUGAAAAAGGUAGUCAUAACAUUACUUUUGAUAAAGUGAUUUAUAUUGAGAAGGAUGAUUUUAUUGAGGUUGGAGAUAAAAGUUUUCGACGCUUAACUAAACAACAAAGUGUUGGACUUCGUUAUGCUGGAGUUGUUUUAGAUGUUGAUGAAGUAAUAAAAAAUUCGUCGAAUGAACCAAUUGAGUUAUUAUGUAAAUGUACACCUGUUGAUAAAGUUGAUAAAAAACCCAAAGCUUUCAUUCAUUGGGUUAGUGACCCUCAAGAAGUUGAAGUGAGGAUAUAUGAUCUUCUGUUUAAACAUAAAAAUCCUGAAGAUGUUAAUCAAGUACCUGGAGGAUUUUUAUCCGAUUGCAAUUUAGAUUCGUUGAGAAUAAUUAAAAGUUACGCGGAUAAAUAUCUUGCUUCAGUACAAAUUUAUGAUAAAUUUCAAUUCGAAAGGCUUGGGUUUUUCUCUGUCGAUCCUGAUACUACACUUGCUAAAAUUGUUUUUAAUCAAACCGUCGCUUUAAAAGAAGAAGCUGGAAAAUAAUAUUAUCUUUUUUGUAAUGAAUGUGUUUCCUUUUUCAUUUUCUUUAAUUAACCUGCCAGUAGCUUUCUUGUGAUAAAAUAAAUUGCUUUUUAAGAAUGCUUUUGAGGUAUGCAUAAAUUUGGAUAAAUAAAUUUUUAAAAUUAG